UUUUGAAAGUUUGCACCGGAAGCCUGAUUCCCUGCUCAGGCUGGCUAGCAUGAUCCUUGUGUGUUCUGGACAAGGGGGUGCAUGGGGGAAACAUGGCCGCCGUAGACCCAGCGGAGUCUCCAAAACGACAGAAAUCCCCUGUGGAGGAGGUGGAAACAUCUGGGGCAAAGACCGAGGCGGUGGAGCCGGGAUGCAGCUUAAAUCAGAAAGAUGAAUCAACACCUAAUCAAACCACAGAGAGCCCCGGCGAUGAGCAGAGCACAGCCGCUGCUGGCAGCGACGGCGGCGGCUGUGCUGCCAGCCAUUCCGAGGUUAGUGUCGAGUCCGGUGCUGGAGCCGACAAGACGACAUGCAACACACCGGACGACCUGACGACGGCUGAGAAAAUGACCGAGGCUCCUGGCGACGAGCAGCGGGCUUACGACUGGUCUGAGACUGAAGACGACGACCACGACGACGACGGCGAAGAAGAAGAAGAAGAAGAGGCGAAAACACACAAGCGGGAAAAUGACCACAGUAAUGUUAGAGAGGAGCAGCAGCAGCAGCAGGAGGAUGCACAUGUUGAUGAUAACAUUGCAGCCGAGGCAGAGGAGAUUAACGAAGAGGACAACUCGCAUUCAGAUGACAAGAGCACAGAGAAGGACCUGGGGAUGGAGCCGCUGGGAGAAGCUGAUGGCAUGAUGGAGGAGGAGGAGGAGGAGGAGGUGGUUGAAGAAGAAGUAGAAGAAGAGGCUGACCGAGGGCUGGACGUUGACUUGACUGCUAAGCCAAAAAAGUGCCGUUUGGCGUGCAAGGAGUGCGGGAAGGUGUUCAACCGCCGCGAGACGUUCAACCUUCACCGGCACUUUCACGCACACGAGGACGAGCUCACGCCCCUCACCUGUAAAGAAUGCGGCCUUACCUUUCAGCACCGCAGCAGCCUCAUUAAACACAGGAAUGAUCAUAAAGAGAAGGAGCAGCAGCUUAUUACCCCAAAGAGGGAGAUGCAUACUAAAGAGGAGGGUAGUUUUGAAUGUGCAGAGUGCGAGAGGACCUUCUCUACUGUGGAUAAGCUACGGGACCACAACUGCUGCAAUACAGUAGAAAAGCCUUACCACUGCCCCCUGUGCCGCCAAGAAUUCCAGUUUAAGGUGUCUGUCACUAAGCACAUGAUGACCCACUCCCAGGAGAGCAUCUUCACAUGCCAAGAGUGCAGUCAGACUUUCCCGAACACCACGGCCCUGCGCUCCCACCAGCGAUGUCACACCGCCCUGAAACCCUACGAAUGCCCGGAGUGCGGCAUGGUUUUCAAACACUACUCCGUCAUGGAAGACCACCGUCGCAAGCACACGGACAACACGCGCUCCCACCUGUGCAACAUCUGCGGUAAGACCUUCAAGUAUAGCAGCCUCCUCCAUCAGCAUCAGUAUCUGCACACAGGCCAGAAGCCCUUCCGCUGCCCUGAAUGUGGUAAAAAAUUUGCCUUUGCUCAGAACAUGAAGGCACACUGCCGCCAGCAUAGACUGCGUGAAACCAACACCGCCACUGAGCCGCCCAGCAAGCCGGACCCUGCACCUGUACAGGAGGCAGUCAGGGGGCCGGGAAAAGAGAACGCACAUCAAAGCGAGGAAGCGAAACGCACUUUUAACUGCCCCCUUUGUCCCCAGACUUUCUCGGCACCAGCUAACCUGAGAGCCCACAUGCUAGUUCACGAAGCAGAGUAUGAAAAGUUGGAGAGGACACCCAAAACUCCCGGUGAGAUUAACAAAAACUGGGACAAAGGACACACCUGUCCGCACUGCCCAAGUGUUUUUCGUGAUGAGUCCAGUUUAAAUGGACAUAUGUUGAGUGUCCACAAAUCUGUAGCACAAUAUUUAGAAAAGAUGAUGGCGCCUAAAAAACAAAUUACUCCGUUAAGCAGUGAUAAUGUGCAGGUGAAAUGGAGAAUUGACAGGAUAAGUGUUAAAUCAUACAAAUGUUCUGAGUGUGGAAAAACUUUCCGCCACCGCUCAGUGUUAGAGCUGCAUAUGCGCAUACAUUCCAAGGACAAGCCUUACCAAUGCAAAGUGUGUGGCAAGGGCUUUAGAUUUAGUAGCUACUUACAACAACAUCUCAUCAUCCAUACAGGCAAGAAGCCAUACAAGUGUCCCGACUGUGGGAAGGACUUUGCCUUCCUGCAGAACAUGAAAACGCAUCAAAAGCUGCAUCAGGAAAAACCGUUCCGCUGCACCAGCUGCCGCAAAGGCUACAGCGACGAGACCCAACUGCAGCACCACAUGUUAUCACACAAUGGCGACAAACCUCAUAAAUGUGACCUGUGUGACAAGAGCUUUGGAUUAGCAUAUCUGCUCCGUGAUCACAUGAACACGCACACAGGUGAGAGACCUCAUCGCUGCGAGGAGUGUCACAAAACCUUCUCCUGGUUUAGCAGCCUGCUCGUACACCAGAAGAUCCAUGCUCGCAAACGUCAGGGUUUCAGUCAGUACAACUCUUUCCCCAUGGGUGCUAGGAUAAGAGGCAGGGGUAGCCGAGGGAGGAGAGGUGGUAGGCUGGUGUGGGGCUGGUCUAGACCUUUAGGAGGCUCAGGGAUGGUUAGCUCUCAGCCGUCUCCGUAUCCAGUUUCCGCAUUGCGAGAUGCCGAGUUGCACAGAAGGGCAGUCCAGCCACAGUCUUCCAUGGCCUCAUCUCGCAUGGAUUCACAAGGCAGACAGCAGAAGGAGCCGUGGCAGUCCGAGGUACACCCUCAACCAGUGCAGUGGAAGGUGGACGGUGGAGAAGUAAUGCCUGUCCCAUCGUCCCAGCAUGCAGGUCCACAGCAGACACAGUUUGACAGCCUACCACAGACAGGCCUACAGCAGCAGCAUCAUCUCAGAAGUCACAGCUGGGCAGAUAGUCCUUCAGUAACACAGUCAGGGCCCACAUCUGCUCAGAAUUCAGAGUCAUCACACAUGAAAGAGGGUGCAUCUUCUGUUGUAAGCUCCCUCAUGCCAGCUGUGCCAAAAAAAUCCAGCCCAUCAGCAGUGAGCGACAUGGAGCAGCUCAGGCAGCCUGUAGUAAAGCCUGUUACUUGGAGUAGCACGCCCACGUCAACAGUGCUCGCUUCCACAAGCUCUUUGCAACACGAUUUUUCUUACAUAGACGGGGCAGCUCUGUGGAGCAUCAGACCCGCUCUCCUAACAAAUUCACGAGGUUCUCCGAAUAAGCUCGGCCAAGAGCUUCAGUUGCCAAGAUGGCCAGGUGCCUCAGUGUCAACACAAAAGGAGCCAUCUACACCUACUAAAAAAGAGGACAAUAGAGUGUGGGACAUGAGUAAUCCUCAAGCUAUACCGACGACUGUUAGCCAGCCAGAGAAGCCAUGGAACGGCUGCGAGCUGCAAAAGCAGUGGGCUUCAGGCUUAGCGGGUGCAUCCACCUCAGCUCAAAUAGACCAAAGCAGUGCUAUGCCAAUUUCAACUUCUGUUUCUCACGGGGUAGGUAGCACCUUGUGGGACAUACAGACAACACCAGGAAUUCCAAAGACUAUAAACUCCCCUGAGAAAUUAGUAAAUAAUCAAGAUUUCCAGCUGCAGCAGAAGCAGGUGUCAUCCGGCUGGGUACAGAGUCAAACAGCAUCACAGAAGGUUCCCAUCUCUAUCCAGUACGAGCCUCAUCGUUUUGGCCAGGGGAUGGGAACAGCAGUAUGGGGCUUCCAGAGUAAUGCUGUGGGUCCGCAAACGCUGCUCACUGGGCAACUCAAACCAGGGAACGGACAGGAGCUGCAGCAGCAACCAAUGGUAACUGGCACUCAAAUAAUCAUAAAUCAGACUUCUCCUUUUUUCUCACCUCCACUUGCUCCGCUCCCCCCUCUUGCUUUGCCCGGCCCUCAUCCUCUUCACUCUGUUGCAGUUGGUGCACUCUCCAGACCUCCACACCCAAAUAUCUUUUUCACACCACAGGCAGUCAUGAGCGAGAGGCCACACAUGCCACAGACCCUGCCCCUACCUCAGCUUGCCCCACGGACAGAACCUCAUAAACUCGGACCCCGUUUGCCUUUUGCUCCAGAAAGACUUCUCCAGUGCAUGAUAUGCGGGUGCUCACUUCCUCGGGAGCUGGAUCUACAAAUGCAUUACUUGCAACAUGCACAAGGAGAAAUUUGACAUUUCUACACUAGAAACAACUUAGUUAUGUUUUUUUUAUUUUUAAUGAUGUUUCUGUCAGUGGAACCUCAUGUAUUUGACCCUCACUUGUGCAGUUUGACCAGUUGAGUGGACGGGCAUUAGAAACAAAAAGAUAACAGUGAAACUUGAUUUAGUCUGCGCGUUUGAUUUAAAGUCUCUCAGCUCCAGGUGAGACUGCACAGAGUGAUGUUUGUAUUGGAGGGUAUAGAGUAAGCGUGCCACUAAAUUGCUUUCACUGUUGGUUUUUUUUAAAAAUGCAUUUAAGUUCUCCAAAUAUUUAACUUGUGUUAAACAACUUCUGAGGGGUGCAGAUUAAUCAGGUUCUACAGCCUACGUUUCAUUUAUUGCCAAUGACCUUUAGAUUUAGAUAAUAUUAGUACUUUUAUAGUUCCGUUCAUACGUCCUGAACCAUUUGAACUGUGUUUCUUCAUGUACAGUAUACUGUGUGCCUUUUAUGAGUACAGUCUGCAUGUCUGCUGUCUUGGUAUUCUAGGCCUAGUUUGUGCUUAAGGUAGACUCAACAAUGUGACCUCACUCCCAAAACACAGAGCAACUCUUUUUAAGAUCACAUAAAGAUGUGUAGGUUUUUGUUUUUGAGGAGGGCGGGUUGUUGGGUUUACAGAUUACAUGUGUCAGAACAUACAAACGUAAGGCUGACUACAUACAGUGUAACCCUGUUAGGAGGCGUUUGUGUUCACAUGGUCCAAAUAUCUCCACAUCAUGUCAAUUUGGUGAAAGCAAAAGUAUCUGUAAACACAGAAUGUGACGAUUAAAUGUAAAGGUCAUUUCACAGGAAGAGUUUUCUGUAAAUGUAUCUCUUGAGUGACGAUUGGGAACAGGCAGAAAGUAGCGUCAUUAUAUUAAGUAUUGACGACACUGUUGUCAAAUAGUGAAUUUUGUAAUAAAUUAAACUUGGAUUUA